AUGAACCUGUUCUCCGACGACAGGCGGCUGCGGCUUCAUGAGCUUACUCACAGCGACAUGGUCGCCUGUGUAAGAGACAAGCUUGACCGCAUAUCUGGGUCGAAUGGUUUCGACCAGUUGGUCGAAGACAUUGUGGAGAAAGGACAGGGUAUUUUUCAGUGCGUUGGGAUUGUGGUCAAGAAUAUGAGAUACGAGAUCGACAACACAACUACCGAGGCCCAAGAGUUCAAAGACUCGCUGAAGAUGCUGCCAAGCGAGAUAAACGACCUCUACAAGCACAUAUUUGACUCUCUACGUGAUGCAAAACGUGCAUACCGCACGUUGGCAACGGUUUCCGAGGCGAUGGAAACAGGGGUUACUUCCUUUUCCGUGGAGGCCUACUCUUUUUUUCAAGAUUAUGAGUGGGACAGGAGUUUCGUUAAUCAUCACGGCACAAGCUUGGUAAAACACGCCUCCGUUGGUGGUGCGGUGGACUACUCGAUACCAGAACAGUCACCCUGGGAGGAGUCCGACGGCUCUACGCUGCGCAUCCAUAUACGAUGGAAGUUGUGCAAUUUACCCACCGCUCGGUCAGAGACUUCCUUGAACACCCCGGUGGUCAGCAGAAGAUGCUGGAGCUUCUUGAAGGCUUUGAUGUCUUGGACGCAAUUUCGCAAAUGCACCUCGCAGAUUUACGAAUGCUUCGCGAGAAUUGCCCGGGCUUCGAUACCUCAUAUAUAUUAUUUCGUGAACGGCACAGGAAUGGCUCAGACAAAAAUCCCUACAUUUUCCUGGAAGCAUGGGAUAAAUUCUGCCCUGAUGACGACUCUCUUGAGCCCAGCCCCGGGCACUAUGAUGUCCUUCUUCCAGCGGGCAGCACUGCCUAUGGGUUAG